AUGGCACUUAGACCACUCACCACUGGUCUGCCGUUGUCACCUAGCAAGCGACCAAUCGAGGGUCUAGUAAUGGGAAAGCCCUUGAACGUCGGCAACACCUUCCGCGGGAGCGUUCGGUCCGGAAACUCACCAGACUUCCUGCACCUAUGA